CUGAAUGAGUGGCAGCUAGUUUGUUGGUAUACAUUGAAAGCAAAGAAAGAAGUGAUUUGCAGAUUUUUUACAAACUGGUGAACACUUUCUAAAGACUUUUGGAUGUUCUGACUGGAUUUACUGAUGCAUGGGACAUGACUUGGUUCAUUUUUUCACCUACUGUGAUGGCCAUGUAUUAGCUCUACACAAGUCUGUUUCCAAUUCCAAAGCAACUCACAAAACAACCGAGCCACUAAAAUGCAAAAGCAAGUGGAGGUCAGGAUGGACGAGAGCCACCUGGAGCCCAUUGUGGACCCUCCAGAGAGUGCAUGUGGCUCUUUUUGUGAUACAAUUAUGAAAAAUAUGGUCCUCACUCUAACAAUUCUUGGUGUGUUUCUGGGCUCCAUCUCUGGAAUGCUGUUGCGGCACAUAUCUCCUCUCCCUGCUGAUGUUAUUAUGAUCAUCGCCUUCCCAGGAGAGAUCCUGAUGAGGAUGCUGAAGAUGCUUAUUUUGCCUCUUGUUGUUUCCAGUCUGGUCACAGGACUUGCUGGUUUGGACGCCAAAUCCAGCGGCCGUUUAGGCACCAGGGCCAUGGUGUACUACAUGUCAACAACAGUGAUAGCAGCCAUCCUGGGCGUGAUCCUUGUGCUGCUUAUCCAUCCCGGGAACCCUAAGCUGAAGGCUAAUCUCGGACAGGGGAAGAAGAAUGAGGACGUGUCCAGCAUAGACGCCUUUUUCGAUCUCGUCAGAAACCUGUUCCCAGAAAAUUUGGUGCAGUCCUGUUUUCAGCAGGUCAGAGUCUCACAGAUCAUUUUCACCCAUCAUUCAUGCUAUGCUUCAUAUAACACUUACUCCACCUGCUCUUUGCUUAUUGUCCAGGUCCAAACAGUAACUACCAAAGUACAAGUGCCUACUAACAGGACCAGGGCACCCCCACAAUUCAUAGUAAAAAGGUCACUUCAGUUCAAGGGUGGGAUGAAUGUCCUGGGUUUGAUUGGAUUCUUUGUAGCAUUUGGAGUAAUUAUGGGGAAAAUGGGAGAAAAGGCCAAACUCAUGCUGGACUUUUUCAACGUCCUGAAUGAGAUUGUAAUGAAUCUUGUCUAUGCAAUUAUGUGGUACUCCCCUGUGGGUAUUGCCUGCCUCAUCUGUGGGAAGAUCAUCUCAAUUGCUGAUUUGGAGAUGGUUGCUAAGCAGCUGGGGAUGUACAUGGUCACUGUGAUUGUGGGCCUCAUCAUCCAUGGAGGCAUCUUUCUUCCAUUGAUAUAUUUUGUAAUAGUAAAAAAAAACCCAUAUAAAUUCUUCAUGGGACUAUUCCAGGCUUGGGUGACCGCACUCGGAACAGCAUCCAGUGCCGGCACGUUGCCAGUCACGUUCCGCUGUUUAGAGGAGAAUCUGGGCAUCGACAAGAGAGUAACACGGUUUGUCCUCCCAGUGGGGGCCACCAUCAACAUGGAUGGCACAGCACUCUAUGAGGCCGUGGCAGCUAUCUUCAUCGCUCAGAUGAACGGGAUUGAGCUCGACUGGAGCCAGGUUAUCACUGUCAGUAUGACAGCAACCCUGGCCAGCGUUGGAGCAGCCAGUAUCCCCAGUGCUGGACUUGUAACCAUGGUUCUGAUCCUCACAGCAGUGGGGCUGCCCACUCAGGACAUCAGCCUCCUGGUUGCUGUUGACUGGCUGCUGGACCGUUUCCGUACCUCGGUCAAUGUGGUUGGAGACUCAUAUGGCGCUGGUAUUGUUUACCACCUAUCCAAAGAUGAGCUUGACAUGUUUGAUGCCCAGCAGGCCCGUAUGGAUGACUUUGAAAUGGAAAAGACUCAAUCUUUCUUUGAAAAUAACACCAACCAGAAUGUAUACACUCACCACAACUCGAUCUUGAUAGACGACUGCAAGGUCACCAUGGGAAAAAAUGGCAAGACUACAGAUUUCUCCCUUGUUGAGGAGGAACCAUGGAAGUGCGGGUAAAGCAGAUUGAGAUGCUGCUGCUGCGCCUUACCCUGAGUUCCACUAUCUUUUAUUUUCUGCUGACACAACUAUAUAUAUCUGUAUAAACUCACAUAAAAAAAGGUGACAUUACAACUUAACUUUAGUGUUAGCUGAGUCAGCAGUACUGCAAGACCAAACAGUCAGACAGUCUUUUUUUCUGUCUGCAGUUAUCCAUCCAGGGUAACAACUGGAGCAAAUUACAGCUGAACUUGUAUUAGAUUAUGCAUUUUCACUUACUGGACACAAACUGCAAUGAACUGAUCCAUAUCACACACUGUGUUCUGGAGAAUAAAACCCUCGGUUGAAAACACCCAGGGCCAACUUGUUGCUGCUUCAAGUUUUAAGAAAAACUGAGCAUGCAUAGGAUGAAACAGUGCUUCAUGUGGCAUGAUGAUUCAAGCGUGAAAAGGUUAAACUGCAUUACCUUUGACUGUUUGACUUAUGAGAUUACACUCUGAUGUCACACACAUGAACCUAAGCCUAAGAAGCUAAAGCUUAGGUCUUAGACCAUAAGAGCAGAAGGUGUGGCCUCUAAAUGUGGUAACAAUCUUUAUGGGAUAUGGUGCCGAGAGUGGUAAAGCACCAAUAAGUGUACGGCAAGGGAAUCCUUCCUGUUAAUAUUUAUUUAACUUUUGUAUGUUGUUCAUGUGUGAUGCAAUGCAAUUCUGUUUGUAGUCAAAAAUGUCUGUGUUCUGGGAUUUAUCUCCAUCUCUGAGAGAAAGAAUAAUUAAUACAGAAAGAAAAUUGGAGGUGCAGUGAGAGUGUAAAACAAAAUGCAUAUGUGAUGUUUCUCAAAAUCUCAGCAGACCGAUGCAUUGCACUGUUUUAUUUCAGUGUUUAUUUCUUUGCUAUAUGACAACCUUGCCUUUAAGAUGUCAACUGCAGAGUGCAAUAAGUAUGAUUUUAGGAUAAAAUGUACCACUAUUCAUUGUUCUCAGGACUUACAUUGUAGCAGAGGAUACAAAACAACUCCUCCUUCCAGAUUUACUUAAGGCCACCAGAGCCUUUCUCCUGAGAUACUACUCUUGAUUUUAGUCUUUGCACAGCAGAUUGAAGUAGAACAAACUGAUUUGUAAUUACAUGUAGCAUCAAUGAGCAAGUGAACACUAUAAAACUGCCUCCAGUAAAUAUUCACUCAUAACAAUAAGGUAAUUUAAUUUUACAGUACUGUGCAGAAAUCUCACUGGCAUUUGGAUUGGGUUGAUGUGACUGAAAGUUGGUCUAUGUUGUGUCAAAGUUGUAUAAGUAAUGCUCAAGCAUGUCUUGAAUAUGUAUGUAUAUAAUGUUGACAUUACAAACACAAGUUUUAGGAGUAAUAUUAAUUGGGGUUCCACUCCAGGUGUUAUUUUAAAGUUGCAUUUUCUGGAUGUGUUCCGAUGAAGUGAUUGAGAAAUAAUUGCACUGUAUGGUCAUUAUAGCAUUGGUAAAACAACAAAUGUAAUGGUUUGACUUGUGCACAGUACUGUAAAUGUUUUGCAUUAAAGAGGAUUUAAUUCAAACCAAGGUGAAAAGUUAUGUAUUCCCUUUUGCAUAUAAAGUGAAAGCUUACAGAAAACAGUAUGGUCAUGUUUAAAGUGCCUGCUUGCACUUUGUGUAUAUACUCUCUUUAGAUCAUGUGUAAAAUCAAAUGUGUAGAAUUUGACAUAGAAUUUGUUUUUGCCAUGCUAAGUUUAUAUAAAGACUAUAGUUAUAUGUAUAAAUGCAUAAUGUUUGAUGCAAUGUUAGUAUAAAGUUGAUUUCGAAUUAACAGUAUAAUGUAUAAUAGGAAGUACUUAGCUCCAAAGAGACAGCUUGCUGUUCUUCAAAUAUCUGAAUUAUUGUUAUCAUCUAAUGUUAUUUAAAGGUCAUGAGCUCAUUAAUGUGGUGGUGUUUGUACAAGAAUACUGGUGCUGGCAACUGGUACUGUAUGUCUUCAUGUCAUAAUACCUCAACAAACAGUUCAGUGUUUGGCUCGAGCACUAACCUCCUCCAAUACCAGAAAGAAUAAACUCAAAAUCAAGUAUUAAUGAAAUCACUUUUUUUAUCAAUUUUAUUUGUAGUUGAUUUGCAGGCUAAUUCAGUAUGUGUCCGAAGUCAAUUGGCCGAUUGUUAGUGUUUUCUAUGAACAUGUGAAAUUCUACAAUCGUUAGGUAACAAAACUCAUAUUUUAUAUCUUUCUUUUUAAUUUCAUGCACAUGUUGGUUCAAAACUGCAAUAAACAUACCUUCUCCUUUUGUCUGAUGUUCAUUUUAAGACAGACAUUCUUUUGAAAUUGUCUCACUAGAUGCAUGACAAAUUGAAUGCACUUAUACUCCAUAAAUUAUAAUAGACCACAGAAAUAUUUCUCAGGCAAAUGAAGUGUGUACAUAUUUUAAUACUUGUGUGUAAAUAUUAAUGGAAACAAAUAAAUAUUCAUUGAUGAGC